AUGAACGAAAAGCAUACCAAAAGUCGAGUCGCUAUCAUAGGCACGGGUCUCGCCGGUCUCAGUAGUGCUUAUCUCAUUAAGGGAGACCGUUAUAGGGUGACGUUGUUCGAACAGGGCGAUAGAAUAUCCUUCGAUUCUGCUUCUGUUACGAUCAAGAACGAGAAAUACGACCAUGCCGAACGAAUCGAUCUGCCGAUGCGCGCGAGCGCUGACGGGUACUACCACAACUUGAUGCGCAUGUACGAACAUCUGCAAAUCCCGCUGCAUCCAAUCAAGUUCCUCUUUGUCUUUGCGAAAGCAGCCACGAGCGCCGACGGAACAGCCCCAGUCAAGGGAAGCGAUAAUGAGGCAUACUUCAUCCAUGCGUCGAACUUGCACCAGACACCGCCGCCGUGGCCGGGCAAUCGCGGUGUGAUUGCGCACUUUAUCGAGAUCAUCUUCCUGAUUGUGUGCCAAUUCUGGUUCACAAUUGCUUGCUUCCUUGUCGCGCCGCUGAAGACCACAUCCUCCGGAUACAGCGAGACCGUCGCCGAAUAUUUCGAUCGCAUACGAUUACCCCGACGAUAUACUUCACGUUAUCUUCUUCCGCUCUUGAGCGGUGUAGCGACAUGCACACACGAAGAGCUGCUGCAAUUCCCCGCGAGCGACGUCGUCAACUACAAGAAGCUUUCGCAUGGCAAGCAGCAUUAUGCUGUCUGCGGCGGAGUCUCGCAGGUGCAGGCCAAAUUGACGGAGGGGCUGGAAGAUGUCAACCUCAAUAGUCGUGUAAUUGAAGCUGUGCCUCAGGUCGAUGGUACCGUGCUGGUUCGCUGGCAAUCUACCGUUGACGCAUCCGGGCGCAUCCACGAGCAGGUCUUCGACCGCGUUGUCCUCUCCGUCUCCCCUGAUGUCGCUGGCCGGAUCUUCAAACCGCUGGGCUCUUCUCUGGCGAAGCUUCCGACUCGUCAAGUCGAGAGCUCUAUUUGA